ACCCUACAAAUCAGAUGUGAUUUCCCAUUUGGAGGAAGGAGAGCAACUUUCAAGAGCAGGGGUUGGUUUUCUGCGCAGUCAGAGUCCAGGUGAGUUCCCAGACGUGGUGCUUCCAUAGGAGAAGGGGCCUGGUCAGUGAGGGAGUAGGCCCUAAGAAUGAUCAGAUGAAAAUAGCUCAGUGAUUUUUUUUUUUAAUGUAAGUGAUGUCAUAGGACAAAUUCUUCAGAUGUCAUCCUACCUUGCAGGCAGGUACCAGUUUCUAUUCAAGUGUCUCAGCAUCUUUGGCUUUCAGGAAGGCUACCUUCCUGUACUUGCUGGAGUUCUCCGUUUACCCAGCCUCCCCCACCGCCCCACCCCAGAUUCCCACAGCUGUAGCUUAGCCUAUAAUUCCGGAACACGCAGAUUGUGCCUUCAUGGUUCACAACAAGACCAUCAAUGACGUCUGUCAUAGAAACCUCAGUAUUGAGCGUCCAACCUCUCCUAACCUUAACCACCUUAGUAGCCAGAUUGUGUCUUCCAUCACUAGUUCCCUCAGGUUGGAUGGAGGCCUGAAUGUUGACCUGACAGAAUUCCAGACCAACCUAGCGCCCUAUCCCCACAUCCACGUCCCUCUGACCACAUGUGCCCUGGCAUCUCUGCUGAGAAACCCUACCAUGAGUGACUCUGCAGCACAGAUUACUAGCGUGUGCUCUGAGCCAGCCAACUACGUGGUGAAAUUCGACCCUCGCCAUGGUACAUACAUGACUUGCUGUCUAGUCAACUGUGAUGACAUGGUUCCCAAAGGUACCAGUGCUGCCAUUGCCACCAUCAAGACCAAGCGUACCAUCCAGUUUGUGGACUGGUGCCCCGCUGGCUUCAAAGUUGGCAUUAAUUACCAGCUUCCCACUGUGGUACCUGAUGGAGACCUGGCCAAAACACAGCAAGCUGUGUGCAUGCUGAGCAACACUACAGCUAUUGAUGAGGCCUGGGCAUGGCUAGACUACAAGUCUGACAUGAUGUAUGCCAGGCGUGCCUUUGCUCUCUGGUAAGUGGGUGAGGGUAUGGAGGGAGGAUUUUCUGAGGCCUGUGAGGACACGGCUGCCCUUAAGAAGGACUGUGAGGAGGUUGGAGUGGACAGUGCUGAGAAUGGGGGUGAGGAUGAAGAGUAUUAAGUUGUCUGUUGGAAUUUUGCACUCCAUUGUCUUGGGACUGCUUAUUUCUUUUGUUCUUUGAAACUGUCUGUUAUAUCCCUAGCUUGUCAAUAAAAGUGAGGUUUUUAUUUUUAAAAAAUUUUCACAAAUUGUCCAUGUUCCUGAUCCUAUUUUAUGAAGAUUUUUUUUCUCUCUUUUUCGCCCCAGCUUGCCAUCUUGAUUUUCUUUUUCUCAUAUUCUGGCCUUGAAAAUGUCAACUAUUGAAGAUUGUAAUGACUUUAUUCUCAGAGUAUUCCUUAAUGUGACAUUUUUUUCCAAGUUUGUGUGUUAAUAUUUGAAACAUACUCAAAACGGGUAUUGGGUCUCUUCAACAUUUCAAUCUCGCUAAUGCAGCUAUAGCAAUUUUUUUUUCCAAUCAUUUCAGGUAGGAGUGAUAGUCUUAAAAAACAAGAAGUGAUAUCCAUUCAACAUUUCUACAAGGACACAUCCUUAAU